UGAAUAAGUGCGCAUGUGCAUGGUGAUGAUGACGAUGAUGAAGGUGUUGGCCGUGGUAACAUCAAUGCUGGUGUCAUUUGCACUCAGUUUUCCGACACAGGAGACGGGGAAGGGAAAAAACUGGGUCGUCCUUGUAGCUGGAUCAAAUGGCUGGUACAACUACAGACACCAGGCCGACGUGUGUCACGCGUAUCAGAUCGUCCAUAAGAACGGGAUUCCAGACGAGCAGAUCGUUGUGAUGAUGUAUGAUGAUUUGGCUCAUAGUCAGGACAACCCGACUCCUGGAGUGAUCAUCAACAGGCCCAAUGGUACAGAUGUUUAUAAAGGAGUUCUGAAAGAUUACAUCGGUGAUGCUGUGACCCCUGAGAACUUCCUGGCAGUGCUGAAGGGUGACGUGAGCAGUGUGAAAGGAGGAUCAGGAAAAGUGCUGAAGAGCGGCCCAAACGAUCACGUGUUUGUGUAUUUCACUGAUCACGGCGCUCCUGGGCUCCUGGCCUUUCCUGAUAGUGAGCUCUAUGUGAAUGAUCUGAUGGACACGAUUCAGUACAUGCACAAAAACAAGAAGUAUAAGAAGAUGGUGUUUUACAUCGAGGCGUGUGAGUCCGGCUCCAUGAUGAAGCCCCUGCCUGUCGACAUUGACGUUUAUGCCACCACGGCAGCAAACCCUCAUGAGUCGUCUUAUGCCUGUUACUAUGACGAGGCCAGAGACACCUAUUUGGGAGACUUGUACAGUGUGAAGUGGAUGGAGGAUUCAGACGUGGAGGAUCUGAGUAAAGAGUCACUUGCUAAGCAGUUUAAGAUCGUCAAGAGUGAGACCAACACCAGCCACGUCAUGCAAUAUGGAAACAAGACCAUGGCAGGUAUGAAGGUGAUUAAGUUCCAGGGUAACUCUCUGGGCGGAGCGAGGCCAGAGGAAUCUGUGUCGUUGCCCCCGGUUACACAGUAUGAUGUCACACCCAGCCCUGAUGUCUACCUGUCCAUCCUGAAGAGGAAGUUGAUGAAGACUAAUGAUCUCACUAUUGCCAGGGGUUACCUGAUGGAGAUCAAGGCCCACAUGAAGGUACGUGAGCUGCUGGUGAACACGGUGCGUAAGGUGGCAGAGCGGGUGGUGAGAACACACCUGGAGGUGCAGCGGGUGGUGGAGGAGCAUAAUGAGCUCACGCAAUACGAGUGUUACAAAGCUGCAGCCACACACUUUAAAACACACUGCUUCAACUGGCACGAUCAGCAGUAUGAGUACGCUCUCAGACACCUCUACGUGUUGGUGAAUCUGUGUGAGAGAGGACACCAGGCUCAGAGGAUCAUGGCAGCCAUGGAUGAUGUGUGCUACUUCCGAGCCGAAUAAAGACACACACACACACACACACACACACACACACGCACUGAUAUGAUGCAGGAUGUCGGAGUCUCUGAUGAUCCUGCUUUUUGCACAGAUCACAUCUGAGAGUGAUUUUAUUGUUGUUGUUUUAAUCAUCACUGCGAUCACACUAUUGUUUUAAUUCCUCAGUGAGACGUUAUAUAAAGAAUGUUAAAUGUUUUUAACAAAAAAGAAAAGAAUGACAUUUUAUUUUUUGUGUGAAUUUUGGACUAAAAUCACAGAAGAGCAGCUUGUGGUGAGACACACUGCUGCUGAAUGACAAUGCAUGAUCAGACCACACACACACACACACACACACACACACACACACACACAGCUUACCGAGACAAUUAGAAGCUGUAACGUUCAUCAGACUUUAAACUUUUCCCUGUUAUUAGAAUAUUCUGUUUAUUAUUCUGACGAUUUUUUGAAGUAACCUUGUUUAGAUAGCUGUGUGUGUGUGUGUGUGUGUGUGUGUUCUGUGAUGUGCGUUAAAACUGACGUUACUGAUGUUAUAAUAACCGCAUGCUCAUUAUUGUACAUGAUCAGCUGUAGAUGAUGUGCUGCAUGUGAGAGCUUUAGGGAUGAAAGCAGGAGAAAAGGGAGCUGAAAUUCAGAAGCAGUUUGAUGUCCGUUUGUCCUGAUUACUGAAAUAAAUAUGAACGGAGUUGA